AUGCGUUCCACUUUCGCCCUUAGGCAAGUCGCCAUUUCGGCUUCCCGCUCUUCCAUCCUCGCUGGUGCUCGCAGCUUUGCUGCUCCUAGCAUCGCUACCAUCCCUCGUAGCAUUACCACUGUUAAGCGCGAUGCCGGUGCUCUGCGCCUCCCCAGCGGCGCUCGCGGUAUGGCCUCCGAAUCGACCGCCGCAGUUGACCUUCAAGCCCCUACUUCGAUGGACAAGAUGGAGCCUCCCAAGCCAGGUGCUGAUUUCAACGUCGUCAUCAUCGGUGCUGGAAACAUCAACUUCGGCUCGGACGAAGGUCCAUGGAACCACUCCUUCCGUCUGGAACACAAGCUCGGUCCUCGUCUUAAGGUCGUAGCUCUCAUCGACCCCUCUGCUGCUCGAGCUGAAGCUGCUCUCACUGUGAAGCGUAGCUCCUUCGUCCUCUCCGCUUACAAGGAUACGGUUGUGUAUCCUACUUUUGCGGACUAUGUGGCGAACGUGACGCCUGAUAAGAGGCCUCAUGCCAUCUGGGUUGGUAGUCCACCUGCUUUCCGUGGUCGUGAACAGCCAGGUCGUGACUUGGAGAAGAAGUUAGUUGAGGCGUUCCCCGAUGUUGGUAUCUUUAUCGAGAAACCCGUUUCCACUGGUUCAGUGGACGAUGCGCUCAAGAUCGCACAGAUGCUCGAAAAGGGACAAAACCUCGUAUCGGUCGGUUACAUGCUUCGAUACCUCAAAGUCGUCCAGAAGAUGAAGCAGAUCUUGGAGGAGAACAACCUGAAAGUUAUGGCUACCAACGCUAGGUACAUCAUGGCUUACGAACACACCGCCAAGCUAGACUGGUGGGACAAGUCUCAAACUUGCGGUCCCAUUGUCGAGCAAGCUACCCACUUCUGCGAUCUUUCCCGAUACUUUGGCGGUGAAGUCGAUCUCAGCACUGUCGCUGCCCACUCGCUGGAGUGGUUCGAGCCUGCGGGUGAGCUCAGCAAGAUCCCUGUGGACGAGAGCAAGGUUGCACCCGAUAACCGAAUUCCAAGGAUUACUUGUGCUACUUGGAAGUACGAGACGGGUGCAGUCGGGUCUUUGACUCACGCGGUGGCGUUGCAGGGAUUCAACUACAAUACCGAGAUUGAUGUUUUGGCGGAUGGUUACAGUUUGAGGUUGGUGGAUCCGUAUAAUGCUCCAGCAUUGUACUUUAGAAGGCCAGGUGAUGAUCAUGAGGAAGUAGUAAGGUAUCAGAAUGAUGAUCCCUUCUUCUCGGAGGUUAGUAACUUGAUUGAUAACAUCGAGAAGGGCAAGGGUAGUGCACCAAUUUUGUCGAGUUACGAUGAUGCGGUUAAGACCUAUGCGCUUACGUGGGCGAUCAGGGAGGCAAGUGAGAAGAGUGCAAAGAAGUCUGCUAACUAA